AAAAGAUCAUAAUAUAACUACAUGUAAUAUUCAGCGCCAAUCCGCAGCAGUAUGUUAAACUGCGUCGGCCCGCGAGCACACGUCGCGACAUUGUGAGCCUAUUCUCACAUAGUUACUGAACGAGAUUAACGUAUAUUUUAUAAUCUGAAGAAAAUGGAGCACAUCACACAAUCUUUCACGGAUUUGCUUCACAAAAUAGCUAAGGAACAGAAGUUUGUCGACUACAAUCUAGACAUCAAGGAAAUAUCGAGUGGAGGAGCGAACUAUACGUCCAAGUUGUUUGCAGUGAGCAUUAUUGAAGGUUCUAAUACACUGCGGCUGUUCUGCAAAGUCGCAGCCAUCGGUGAAAAGAUGCGAGCUCAGAUGGCAAAAAUUUACGAAACAGAACAUUACUUUUACACUAAUCUCGGGAAAAUUAUCCGAAAUAUAGAAGACCAGUGUGAAGUGCCAAAUGAGCAUAAAGUAAACAUCAGCAAGUACUACGGAAGUAACACAAAGCUAAACGAAGAAGUGAUGGUGCUGGAGGACCUCACGGCAGCCGGGUACGAGGCUUACGACAGGUUCAAGUCGAUAGACUGGCCGUACGCGCAGGCAGCGACCCGGGAACUGGCCAAGUUGCACGCAUCUUCCUUCGCUUACGCUAAACAUGAUCCAGAAGGAUUUAGUGUGGUCAUGGAAAAAUUGAUGUUUGAUUUCAAGAUGGAAGACGCUGAUAUGAAAGUUUAUAUGGAGAACAUGGUGAAAAAGGCUAUCUCGACACUUCAAAAUGAGAACAAAACAAAAGUACAGAACUAUUUCGAUAGUUUAGACGUGAAAGAAUUUUCUGCAUCAUUCAAAAGGAGCCGGCGACUGACCGUGGGCCACGGGGACUUCCGCCCGAGCAACUUAAUGCACAAGAGUCUUGACGACGGUACGGUGGACAUUAAGAUCGUGGACCUCCAGACGCUGCAGGGCGGCAGUCCAGUCACCGACCUGAUCUAUUUCAUCUUCACUGGUUCCGACGAAAAAUUCCGCGCGCAGUACUUCGACAAGUUGCUAGAUCACUACUAUACAGAGCUCAGCGCCGCCAUGAAAAGGCUGCAGCUGAAUCCUGAUGAAGUGUUCUCUCGAGCAGACUUCGACUAUGAAAUGAAAGAGAAGCUGCCAUUUGGCCUCACUCUGGCUGUGUUCACCCUGCCGGUCAUCACGGUAGAGAUGGAAAACGCCCCCCAGGUAGACGAGUCUCUCGACAUCUCCAAGUUCAACGUGGAGAAGACCAGCGACCUGUACGCAGAGAGGCUGAACGGAGUUGUCAACGACUACGUCAAGUGGGGGAUUCUUAAAUAAAUCAUACAUUUGGCCAAAAUUGUAUUGUCACAUGCCGUAGGGACCAAUUUUCAAUAAUUUUGUAAGUAAAUUACCAAAUAUACUUUAACAAGAGUUUCUAAAUAACAUCGUGAAUCCCUAGUCAUAAGGUUCAUUUUAAAAUAUGGGCCCCUUUGUGUGUGAUGUCGGUAUUAUAAAAUGAAUUGACCAAUUAAUGUAAUAUGUAAAUGUUUUAGUGAAUUAUAAGAAUGUGAUUGUAUUGAAUAAAGUAAUAUAAUUAUAUUUUACAUUUUCUGUUUAGUUUAGAAUAAUGUGUUAUUGUUGAAUUAAAUGUUUUCUGUUAUGAUAAUUUCCAAUGCAAUGUAAUAUAAAUGUAUUUGACUGGGUGUAGGUAUUAUAAGAUGUUCGACCGACAUUCGUGCAGAUUCUGUUGUGUACGAACUAUGCUGGUGUAGUGUUGUCUUGUUGCUUUGUUUUUAUUGAAGCGCAACAGAAUCUGGCGCGAAAUAUAUAUGUAUUUAAUUUUAAUUAUUUUGCUGUACAGGGUCUUAUAAAUAAAAUUUGUUUUAUUA